CUUCCGAUUGGGUAACCAAACCACGGUCUGACGUCAGUUCGCAAUCUAUGACUGACAGCCAAUAAAGGCAUUUUAUUUGCUUAGACGGAGAGGGCGGGGCCAGAAGCAGCGAUGAAGCUGAAUAUCGACGGGCUGCUGGUAUAUUUCCCCUAUGAAUUCAUUUAUCCAGAGCAGUUCUCUUAUAUGUUGGAGCUGAAGAAGACUCUGGAUGCGAAGGGUCAUGGCGUGCUGGAAAUGCCCUCUGGGACAGGAAAGACCGUCUCAUUGCUGUCUCUGAUUGUGGCCUAUCAAAGAACGUACCCUCUGGAAGUAACGAAGCUGAUAUACUGCUCCAGAACUGUUCCAGAAAUAGAGAAGGUGGUGGAGGAGCUGCGGAAGCUGAUGGAGUACAUACAGGCUCAGACUGGGGAGACUCUCAAUUUUCUGGCCUUGGCUCUGAGCUCCAGGCGUAAUUUGUGCGUGAAUCCAGAGGUGAGUGCUCUGCGCUUCGGGAAGGAGAUAGACGGCCGGUGCCACAGUCUGACGGCCUCCUUUGUCCGGACACAGCGGCAGCGAGACCCCAGCGUGCCCUCCUGCCGUUUCUAUGAGGAAUUUGAUGCCUUCGGCAAAGAGACGUCUCUCCCCCCGGGUGUGUACAAUCUGGAUGACCUCCGGAGCUUGGGGCGACAGCGGAGCUGGUGUCCUUACUAUCUAGCCCGCCAUGCUCUGUCUCAGUGCAAUGUAGUCGUGUACAGCUAUCACUAUCUACUGGAUCCCAAGAUCGCAGACCUGGUGUCUCGUGAACUCGCUAAGAAGUCUGUUGUUGUCUUCGAUGAGGCUCAUAAUAUAGAUAACGUCUGCAUUGACUCCAUGAGCGUCACCAUCACACGCCGGACACUGGAGCGAUCCCAGAGUAAUAUCGACACCCUGAACACCGCAAUCCAGAAAAUUAAGGAAACUGAUGAACAGAAACUGAGACAGGAGUAUAGCCGGCUGGUGGAAGGACUGCGCGAGGCAACGGUGGCCCGAGAGACGGACGUUUACCUGGCCAAUCCGGUAUUACCAGAUGAGAUCCUGCAAGAGGCGGUUCCAGGGUGUAUCCGCAACGCACUGCACUUUCUAGGCUUCUUGCGGCGGCUGGUGGGUUAUAUCAAGUCACGUCUACGUUCAGGGCAUGUGACACAGGAGGGUCCGGCCGCCUUUCUGCGCGAUCUCUUUGAAAAAGUCUGCAUCGAACGAAAGCCAAUGAGGUUCUGUGCGGAACGUCUACGCUCCCUUACACGCACUCUUGAGAUCGCAGAUAUUACCGACCUCUCGCCUCUUACCCUGAUCACCAACUUUGCCACCCUCGUCAGUACAUACACCAAAGGAUUUAUGAUCAUCAUGGAGCCGUUUGAGGACAGAACUCCAAGUAUCAGUAACCCGGUGCUUCACUUCAGCUGCCUGGACGCAUCACUUGCUAUUAAACCCGUCUUCCAGCGAUUUCAGUCUGUCAUCAUCACUUCUGGGACUCUCUCUCCAUUGGAUAUUUACCCCAAAAUCUUGGACUUCCGACCUGUUACCAUGGCAACAUUUACAAUGACUCUCGCUCGCGUCUGUCUCUGUCCAAUGGUUGUCGGCCGAGGAAACGACCAGGUAGCGAUGAGCUCCAAGUUUGAGACGAGAGAAGAUCUGGCUGUCAUGCGGAACUAUGGGAACCUUCUUCUGGAGAUGUCGGCUGUUGUCCCUGACGGGAUAGUGGGAUUUUUCACCAGCUACCAGUAUAUGGAGAACAUUGUGGCAUCGUGGUACGAGCAGGGAAUUCUGGAAAACAUCCCGAACAAGCUGAUCUUCAUCGAAACCCAGGAUGGAGCAGAAACUAGUGUGGCCCUAGAGAAGUAUCAGGAGGCCUGUGAGAACGGACGCGGAGCCAUUUUGUUAUCUGUCGCACGUGGAAAAGUGUCGGAAGGAAUUGAUUUUGUGCACCAUUAUGGCCGGGCAGUGAUUAUGUUUGGUGUUCCCUAUGUGUAUACACAGAGUCGUAUCCUGAAGGCACGUCUCCAGUUCCUACGGGACCAGUUCCACCUUCGCGAGAAUGACUUCUUGACAUUUGAUGCAAUGAGACAUGCUGCGCAGUGCGUAGGACGAGCCAUCCGCGGAAAAACAGAUUAUGGAAUCAUGCUCUUUGCAGAUAAGCGGUACGCGCGAUCCGAUAAGAGGGGGAAGUUGCCUCUCUGGAUUCAGGAGCAUCUGACAGACGCAAACUUGAACCUUACGUUGGACGAGUGCAUCCAUCUCGCCAGACAUUUUCUCAGAGAAAUGGCUCAACCGUUCCGCAGGGAGGACCAGCUGGGACUGUCUCUUCUCACUCUAGAACAGCUGCAGUCAAAGGAGACCCUACAGAAGAUUCAAGAGAUCGCUCACCAGGUGUGAAGCCCCUAAAUGUCUAGAGAGACUGAGACGCAGCCGGCCUGGAAUUCUGAGGAGGAUGAGGUGCUGGGCCUGUGCCUCGUGCCUCUCUUACACCCACUAACAUUCACUACAGGAGAGAGGCUGGAAUGCGAAUGUUGUACUGUAAUAAAGUGACAUUUAUACUA